AUGGCUGACCUGUCCGUCCGCAGUUCCAUCUGUUCAUCCACCUGCACCUCCAUCUAUACGUCCAUCUACUCAUACCUCCACAUCUCCACCUGUUCAUCCACCUGUUCAUCCACCUGCACCUCCGUCUACACCUCCAUCUACUCAUACCUCCACAUCUCCACCUGUUCAUCUACCUGUUCAUCCACCUGCACCUACAUCUACACCUCCAUCUACUCAUACCACCACAUCUCCACCUGUUCAUCCACCUGCACCUCCAUCUACACCUCCAUCUACUCAUACCUCCACAUCUCCACCUGUUCAUCUACCUGUUCAUCCACCUGCACCUACAUCUACACCUCCAUCUACUCAUACCACCACAUCUCCACCUGUUCAUCCACCUGCACCUCCAUCUACACCUCCAUCUACUCAUACCUCCACAUCUCCACCUGUUCAUCUACCUGUUCAUCCACCUGCACCUACAUCUACACCUCCAUCUACUCAUACCACCACAUCUCCACCUGUUCAUCCACCUGCACCUCCAUCUACACCUCCAUCUACUCAUACCUCCACAUCUCCACCUGUUCAUCCACCUGUUCAUCCACCUGCACCUCCGUCUACACGUCCAUUUACUCAUACCUCCACAUCUCCACCUGUUCACCCACCUGCACCUCAGUCUAUACAGCCAUCUGCUUAUACCACUUCACCCCAUCUGUUCAUCCAUCUGCUUAUACCUUUUUUUAUGGCGUCAGUCGAUCUGUUCAUGUAAAACUCUACACAUCAAGCCAGGUGACAUAA